GACGUGAUCUCCAUACUCCAUCUUCCUCCACUCCCCUAUUCCUUUCGCUUUCACCUUUCACCUCCCUCUUUCCCUGGCUUUAUUUAGAAAAAAAAAAACCCAAUCCCAACCCCAAACCCCCCUUCUCUCUCUCUCUCUCUUGAUCCUAAUUCAUCAUUAUUCCACAAUUUCCACAAUGUCCAGCAGUGGUAGUCACGGUGCAGAAGGCUCAUCAAGCAACAUUCCCAUAGAAUAUCAGCAGCAGCAACAGCAGAGUCCAGUGACACUUAGCCGCUAUGAGUCACAGAAGAGAAGGGACUGGAACACUUUUGGGCAAUACUUGAAGAACCAGAGACCCCCAGUUCCUCUCUCUCAGUGCAAUUGCAACCAGGUGCUUGAUUUCCUCCGUUAUCUGGACCAGUUUGGGAAGACCAAGGUUCACCUUCAAGGGUGCAUGUUCUAUGGGCAGCCGGAACCCCCGGCACCCUGCACCUGCCCUCUUAGGCAGGCCUGGGGGAGCCUCGACGCCCUCAUAGGCAGACUUAGGGCUGCCUACGAGGAAAAUGGAGGCUCCCCAGAGACUAACCCUUUUGCCAGCGGCUCCAUCCGCGUCUACCUUAGGGAGGUCAGGGAGUGCCAGGCUAAGGCUAGAGGUAUACCUUACAAGAAGAAAAAGAAGACCACAAAGGGAAAUAUGGAAGAAUCUUCAACCUCCUCCUCCAUCCACUUCUCUUGAAUAUUCUUCCUUUGGAAGAUGUGUGUUUCACCUAAUAUUGGAUAAUGUGGCAUAUAUAUAUAAAUUAAAUUGGAGGAGUUCUUUACUUUUAAGGCACAGUUCUUGGGAGGUUUCGUUUCUAUGUAUUCGGUAAUUUGAUGGCACCCCAGUACUUUUAAGUUUCUGUUUAUUUGUUAAUUACCUGAGAAUUUGUAAUUAAGCUCUUAGCAGAACCGAAAGCUCGUCACACAAUCGUUGGUUUAUGCCUCAGUGUAUCUUAUAUUCAAACAUGAUUUGCAUAUUUACAUAUAUAGUUGCUCCCCUUUUGCAUGCAUCGGUUCAAUAAAUUUGCGUAUUUCAAUAAA